AUGGCAGAGCAAUCGGAACACUCUGGUGUCCAGCAGCAAGAAGAAGAGCAAUUUGUUAGUGCCCUGUAUUUGGAAUUGCUGGAAGUAAAACAUGAUGAAAUGAAAGCUCAUACUGAAGCAGCGAACGAUAAGCCCGACAGCAUUAAAUUUUUCGACGCUGAUGAGACGAUGAAUGUCGACUCAGUUGGUAGUUUCUUUUCUUUGCCUACCGACACUGGCGAUGUCGGUCCAAUGACUGAUCAGGUUGAGAUGCGCAAGUUCGACGCAUAG